AGCCAUUGCCCCGCCCGUAGAGCCCCUCCUGCCAAAUAGUGAUCCAGGAAUGAGCCGGGGGGCGUGGCCUGCGGUGACCACGCCCCUUCCUCUGGCCACGCCCCUUUCCUCGCUCCGCCGCCACUGGGAGCUACUGGGAGCUACUGGGAGCCCACUGAGAGGCCAUGCCCGACCCCCGUGCGGACCGGGGCCGUUUUUCCUCCGUCCGCCUGCAGGGGGCGCCCCCGGCCCCGCCCCCCGCGGGGUCUCCGGGGCGGCGCUGGCGGUGGCGCCGCCUGGCGGGGAGCGGCUGCUGCGGCUGCUGCGGGAACCGGGAGCGGGAGCGGGAAUGGGAACCGAACCCUGCGGAACUGCCCGGGAGGAGAGGGGAGCAACCGCUGCGGCCUGGCCUAUUGGCUCCCGUCAGGCUCCGCCCCGGCUCCUCAGCCAAUCGCGUGGCUCAUCACACGCAGGAGUUCGCGCAGCGCCCCCUGGUGGUCAGGAGGGGGCAGCGCUUCCAUGUGGGCGUGGCCUUGCCCCGCCCCCUCCGCGAGGGGGAUGAGAUCUGCAUGGAGCUGACGCUGGGCCCCACCCCCCAGGUCUCCAAGGGCACUCACGUCCUGGUGCCCCUGGGAGGCUCCUCCCCCUCGGGCUGGGAGGCGGAGCUUGAUGAGGGCGUGGCCGAGGCGCUGGUGGGCGUGGCCGGAAGUGACGUGGUGUGGGUGGGGCUCCGGGCCCCGCCCACGGCUCCCAUUGGUCGGUACCGGCUGAGCGUGAGGACGAGGACGGAGAGCGGGGAAUUCGCCGCCCCCUUCGACAGCGACAACGACGUGGUGGUGCUGUUUAAUCCAUGGUGUCCCGAGGAUUCCGUUUACAUGGAGAAAACGAGCGACCUCAGCGAGUACGUCCUGAACGAGAGCGGCCGAAUCUUCUACGGCACCGAGGAGCAAAUCGCGGAGAGAUCCUGGAAUUACGGCCAGUUCGAGCCGGGGGUUUUGGACGCCUGCCUCUUCAUCCUGGACCGCCGGGGGAUGCCCCACAGCGCCCGCGGUGACCCCGUCAUGGUGGCCAGGGUGGUGUCGGCCAUGGUGAAUUCCCUGGACGACAGCGGGGUUCUGGUGGGGAACUGGACCGGGGAUUAUUCCCAAGGGACGAACCCCUCGGCCUGGGCCGGCUCCGUGGGGAUCCUGCGCAGCUUCCACGGCACCGGAGCCCCCGUCAGAUACGGACAGUGCUGGGUGUUCGCCGGCGUGGUCACCACUGUCCUGCGCUGCCUGGGGCUGCCCACCCGCACGGUGACCAAUUACAACUCGGCCCACGACACCGACACCUCGCUGACCACCGACAUCUACCUGGACGAGAGCAUGCGGCCGCUGGAGCGCCUCAACACCGACUCCGUCUGGAAUUUCCACGUGUGGAACGACUGCUGGAUGAAGCGGCCGGACCUCCCCGACGGAUACGACGGCUGGCAGGUGGUGGACGCCACGCCGCAGGAGACCAGCAGCGGCCUGUUCUGCUGUGGUCCCUGCUCGCUCACGGCUGUGAAGAACGGGGAGGUUUUCCUCAAGUACGACACGCCCUUCGUCUUCGCCGAGGUGAACAGCGACAAGGUGUACUGGCAGCGGCAGCCCCACGGGGGCUUCGCCGUGGUGCACGUGGAGGAGGGGGCGAUCGGCCGCAGGAUCAGCACCCAGGGGGCCGGGACUGCGGCCAGAGUGGACAUCACUGACCAGUACAAACACCCCGAGGGCUCGGAGGAAGAGCGCCGCGCCGUCUCCACCGCCACCUCCCACGGCUCCCGGCCGCGCCGCCGCCCUCCGGCCGCGUCCGGCGAGGUGACCAUGGCGGUGACCGCGGUGACCGCGGUGGCCGGAGCCGCCCUGGAGCUGAGGGCGGAGCUUGGGAACCGGGGGGCGGAGCCUCGGACGCUGCGGCUCCGCCUCUCGCUCUGCGCCGUGCGUUACACCGGGGUGGCCGGCGCCGCCUUCCGGCAGGAGCAGCACAGCCGGACGCUGCCGCCGGGGCAGGAGGACUCGGUGUCCAUGUCGGUGCCCUUUGGCGAGUACCAGCCCCACGUGGGCGAGCAGGACGCGCUCAAGCUGACGGCGGCCGGGGCGGUGCAGGAGACGGGGCAGGUGCUGGCCAAGGAGCUGCUGGUGAGGCUGCACACGCCGGAGCUCACCAUGACGCUCCUGGGCCAGGCUGUGGUGGGGCAGGAGGUGCCGAUCCAGGUGGUUUUCCAGAACCCUCUGCCCAAACCUCUGAGCGGAGCCUCCCUGCGCAUGGAAGGGGCCGGAAUCGCCUGCCCCAAACCCGCGGCGCUGGGCUCGGUGGGGGCGGGGCAGACUCUCCGUCUCAGCCAAUCAGUGACGCCGCUGCGGGCGGGGCAGCGCCGCCUGGCGGCUGUUCUGGAAAGUUCCUCCCUCGCGCCGCUGCACGGCAGCCUCCAGUUCCUGGUGCAAACUGGGAGCACUGGGAGC